AUGAACACAUCGAAAAAGAAAAUAUGUUGCAAAUGUGACAUAAGCUCGGAAGAACUUAUAUUUCGUAACACACCGAAUUCUCGAGGCCAUUGCACAAGGACAGACGAAAGAGAGGGAGGAUUAAGCAUAUCGAGUGUCUCGUCCUCAGCCGGUCUUCCGACGACCACGAUCUUCUACGGUCUCGAGCCCGAAAAAGAGCCAGUUGGAAAAAAAAUUGGGUCUCUUCUUGCGGAGUGGGUGUGCAGUCUUUUUAUUAUUCAAGCGAGAAAAGAUCUCAUUCGAGGGAAGAAAAAUUCGAGGGAGCGACACGUUUGUGCGGUAAUAGAAAAUCAAGCUCACGGGUCAACGUCACGCAGAACAGUUAUUUUGAAAAUAUCAAUGCAAUGCGUUAUUGAUUAUUCCUAGAAAAUUACGACGCAAAAGAGGCUGUGAGUAUGAAAUACUUUUUGAAA